UUUGAAAACAUUUGGUAGGAGUAACAGUGUAUGAUAAAAAAUAUAGAGCUAUAUAUAGUGGAGUUGUUGGAUUACAGAUAACAGUUUCGAAAAAAGUUUUAGCACUGACAUUAUUAGAGUUAUUUCAUCAACAAGUGAAGCGACAAUUAUUGUCGAUUGAUAAUUAAUAUAAUUAUUAUAUUAAUGAUAUAAUAUUGUCCUGAUUUCAUAAUGUCGAUUGUUAUUCUAUUUACAAUCGUAUUUUUGGUUUCGUUUACACUUUCAAUACACGCUCAACUUUACCAGUCAAACUAUGGACAGUAUCAGGAUCAGGGAAUUCCAUUUAGAGAAAAUAGUGUUACAGGUAAUCGGCCUAUAUUGCGUGAGUACGAUUUUAUUGUGAUCGGAGCUGGUGCUGGAGGCUGUGUGGUGGCAAAUCGUUUAUCCGAACAACCAAACUGGUCAGUACUGUUAUUGGAAGCAGGACCGGAUGAGACUUUAUACACAGAUAUACCAGGAGCGACAGAACUACUGCAAAAAACAAAUUAUGAUUGGGGCUACACCUCUGAACCCGUUAAAAACGGUUGUUUAGGUUAUAAGAAUAAGCGAUGUCCUUGGCCAAAAGGAAAAGGCAUGGGUGGAUCGUCUACAAUAAACGCAUUGCUCUACACGCGGGGAGUAAAGGAAGAUUAUGAUACAAUCGCGGCACAAGGAAACUCUGGUUGGGCUUACAAAGACGUAUUGCCAUAUUUUUUAAAGUCUGAAAACAAUUCUAUACCAGAAUAUCAAAACUCACCCUUUCAUUCACAAAAAGGAAAUGUACACGUCGAACGAGCACCUUAUCGUUCACCAAUUGUUGACAUGUUUAUUGAAGCCGGAGUUGAGUUGGGAUUACAAAAAGAUAUCGAUUAUACAAUCAAUCAAGAAUAUGGCGGAAUAUCACGUUCUCAAAUUACAACAAUAAAUGGACGCCGAGUAAGUGCAUCGAAAGCCUAUAUACAUCCGGCUAAAGAUCGUCAAAACCUGCAUGUAGCAAUAUUCAGUCAAGUAACAAGAAUACUCAUUGAUCCAAAAACUAAAAAAACAUUAGGGGUGGAAUUUAUUAAAAAGGGACAAAUUAGAACAGUAUAUUCUAAAAAAGAAGUGAUUUUAUCUUCUGGGCCAAUAAAUUCACCACAAUUACUAAUGUUAUCAGGAAUUGGACCUAAAGAGCACUUAAAGCAUCAUGGUAUACGAGUUAUUCAAGAUUUACCAGUCGGACAGAAUUUACACGAACACUAUGGAUUAAUCGGUUUGGAAUUCAUAGUAAAUCAAACAGGUCCGGUUCUGACUCGAAAAAGUGUAUCAGAUCCUCAUUUGUUUGACGAGUGGUACAAAUAUGGCAGAGGACCACUCACUCUUCCAGAAGGAAGAGAAGGUGUAGCGUAUGUAAGAUCACCAGCAGGCAAACAACAUGAGCUAGUAUUGACUCCAGUAACUAAUAAACCGAAUGUUUUUUACGUUAAUACAUUCUUGUUACAACCUGACAAUCGAGGAAGAGUUACUCUAAAAAACAAUAACUCAAUGCACGCACCAAUUAUGUCCUUUGAUUAUUACGAUAACAGUACCGACCUAGAAGAAAAUAUUUUCGCCGUUAAAUAUGCAGUGAAAUUUGUAGAAAAUACGAGGGCAUUCCAAGGUUUUGCUGCUAAACUCAACCCGGUACCGUACCCGAAAUGUUCACAUUUACAGUUUAGAUCUGACAAUUAUUGGGCUUGCGUAUUAGUACACAUGACCGGUACUUCAAAUCACCACUGCGGUACGUGCAGGAUGGGAGAUGUCGUCAACGAAAAAUUGCAAGUAAUUGGAAUUUAUGGAUUAAGAGUAGUCGAUUCCUCAGUAUUCCCGCACAUACCAAGUACACAUAUGUACGCUCCGACAAUGAUGGUCGGUGAGAAAGGAGCAGAUAUGAUUCGAAGCUAUUGGUCACAAUAAUAAUAUGCGAGUGUGAAUUAUUUAUUACACUUUAUUUAUACCUUUGAAUUGUAUGAUAUUAUGAAAUU